CACUUUUGAAAGAUUGUCACUCGUGGCACCGCCCACAAAGCGAUACCAAUCCGAAUGCCAGGGUCGCGCGUGAGGUCAAUGCAGCUCCUUGUGGUGACUUUGCUCGUCAUUACGUGUGCCCAGCAAGUACCCACCGCCGAUGUGAUUGUCUCAAGUGAUGGAGGCACCGUCCAUACACAGCCGCCGGCGACGACCGCUGCGGCAUCGACCAGUUGGGAUGUGGGAGGACCGAUAGUGUACGUGACCGCUGGUACUGCCUUGGGGUGCACGCUGUUGUUUCUUAUUUGGCGGCGCUUGAAACGAAAUGCUCAAGUGAGUGCCGAACAAGACGGCAUGUACAAAGAAAUUGGACAUUUGCACACGUAAUACAGAGAGCGCACCGUACACCAGCAUGCGUGGCAAACAACAUUCGAUUCAGAGCGUAUAUAGAUAGAACGUUGCGACGUCUUUGAUGCGGUUGUGAAUGUCAACCCAAUGAUAACAACAUGAGGCAGCUCCGUUUUCAAGCUCACUUUGCA